AUGCGUUCAUUGACUGAACCCGUAGGAUCAAAAGAAGUGACCAAAGGGCGGUGGUCUGAGCCUUCAAAUCUCAAGUAUUCACUACGGCCAAAGGGGAAUUCUACUACCCAUUCACUGUUGGACAUUGCCCUAUCUAACCGACAGUGGACCAGUGUCAUUUAUGAUAUCAUUGAAGUCACCGGUAAGGAACCAAGGGCCAUUUCUACAGGAUGCCAAAUCCUGGAUCUGAUUCCAAAUGAGAGCAUGCUUGGUGUGAGACAAGAAGAGCCAGUUUUUGAUGAGGUUGACGACGAGGAAGACGUUGAAGAUAACCCUUUUGCACCACUUGGUGACUUACCAGAUCAGAGGCAUCAACAUCGUGACAUCAUUGCAGCUCCACGUUUUGAAGAUAGGCGGUGGGAAUCAGGUUUUCGACUUGAGAUACCUGAAUUUACUGGAGGGUUACAACCAGAUGAGUUUCUCGAUUGGCUUAACACAACAGAUGAAUUGCUGGCGUUCAAAGAAGUUCCUGAUAAGAUGUGUGUAUCUCUUGUGGCGACACGGUUCCGAGGCAGAGCAUCGGCGUGGUGGCAGCAAACUAAGGAAUCAUGUGCAAGGGCAGGCAAAGAUCGUAUUGCUUCGUGGGAAAAGCUGAAAAGGCUGAUGAGAAAGGCCUUUUUGCCUUAUAAUUACACAUGCACCUUGUACACACGACUUCACAAUUUGAGACAAGGUUCAAAGUCUGUUGAUGAGUAUGCGUCAGAUUUUUUUUCUUUAAUGGCCAGAAAUUCAUUAACAGAGAAUGAAGAGCAGAGAGUGUCGCGUUUUAUUGGCGGUCUUCGUUUACAAAUUCAGAACACUCUACUACAGUUUAACCCCAUGACGGUUUCGGAAGCACAUCAGCGUGCUUUAUUAAUUGAGCAGCAAGCUCAUGGGCAAUCAUCUUCUUGGAAUUCAUCUCAUUUGCGUUUGGGUUCUUCCACUGAAACAGGGGCAAUCAAAACUAGUGAACCUGUGCGACACAACGAUUUUUACGAGAAUAGUGGUAUGUCAGGACAAACGCGGACACCGGCUUCUAAGUGUUUUAAGUGUGGGGAACAAGGUCAUCGUCAAGCUAGUUGUCCCACUCUCCAACGUCGCGGCCUGUUAGCAAGUGAUGCACCUGUUUAUGAUGAUUAUUUAGACGACAAUGAGCCUGAUGAGACUACAGAAGAAGUACUUGGUGAUACGGAGAAACUUCAUGAUUCCACACGCUGCACCAACGUGAUUUCCGAGGAAGAAGUGACAAAAUUGGGCUUGUUUACAGAGUCUUAUCCUACUCCGUAUCAAAUUGCAUGGCUUACGUCUAAAUCCGACAUGCGCGUGUCUAAACGAAGUCGAGUUCCUUUUUCCAUGGGUUCAAACUAUAAAUACUUGGUGUUGUGUGAUGUUGUUCCUAUGGAUGUGUGUAAUCUCUUGUUAGGGAGACCUUGGCAGUAUGAUCGUCGAACGAUACAUGAUGGAUUUGCUAAUACACAUUCUUUCACCUAUGAGGGAAAGCGUAUUAUUUUGGUACCGUCACGGUCUGCCUCCGAACCUCUUGUUGCUAGUCACGAUAUUGAGCAACCCACGAAUCCAACUACUACUCCUAAGGCCACGUUAUUGGUUUCAAAAGCUCAUAUUUUCCAUGAAGUUGAACAUGCUGAAUUGACGUAUCUUCUUAUUUUGAAACCAGACUCUCCAUCGGUGACGGAGACUACACCUAUUGCAUUUCAUGCUCUCCUGGACGAGUUCAAGGAUGUUUUUCCUAGUAAGUUACCAGAGGGAUUGCCACCAAUGCGUGAUAUCCAGCAUUGUAUUGACUUGGUGCCCAAUACGGUUUUGCCGAAUCGACCUCACUAUCGUAUGAGCCCGAUGGAGCAUGAUGAAUUUCGCAAGCAAGUAGAGGAGCUUCUUGCUAAAGUUACCAAGUUAGAUCUCAAGAGUGGCUAUCACCAAAUCCGUAUUCGUCCUGGUGAUGAGUGGAAGACUGAUUUUAAGACUAGAGAGGGUCUUUUUGAAUGGCUCGUUAUGCCCUUUGGUUUGUCAAAUGCUCCAAGCACUUUCAUGCGUGUUAUGAAUCAAGCCUUGCAACCUUUUAUUGGACGGUUUGUUGUCGUUUAUUUUGACCAUAUACUGAUUUUUAGUUCAACUCUUUCAGAACAUCUUGACCAUUUACGUGACGUUCUACUUGUGCUCCGCCGUGAGAAAUUAUUUCUUGCGCCUAAGAAAUGUUCUUUUAGCGUGUCGGAAGUGCUUUUCCUUGGUUAUGUCAUUUCUAGCAGCGGUUUGAAAGUUGAUCCAUCUAAGGUCAGUGCGAUAAAAUCUUGGCCAUCACCGAAGACAGUUACCGAUGUACGAAGCUUCCAUGGACUUGCCUCCUUUUACCGACAUUUUAUUCAGCAUUUUAGCGGUAUCAUGGCCCCAAUAACGAACUGUAUGCGGUCAAGCCAAUUCAUAUGGACGGAUGAAGCGGAAGUUGUUUUCCGUGAGAUCAAGAUGAAGUGUUCUUCAGCCCCAGUUUUGGUACUUCCCAAUUUUUCUUUGGCAUUUGAACUCCAUUGUGAUGCCUCAAAAACAGGCAUUGGAGCGGUGUUAAGCCAGCUGGGCAAACAUGUUGCCUUUUUUAGUGAAAAAAUAGCGGGCUCGCGUGGGCGUUAUAGUACGUAUGACAUUGAAUUAUAUGAUGUGGUCCAAGCCAUUAAGCACUGGCGUCACUAUCUUUUUCACAAAGAAUUUGUUCUUUUUACUGAUCACGAUGCACUUAAGCAUAUGGGGGCUCAAGAUAAAGUUUCUUCACGUCAUGCUUCGUGGUUUGCCUAUUUGCAACAAUUUACGUUUGUGAUUAAGCACAAGGCGGGAUCGCUUAAUAAAGUGGCUGACGCUCUUAGUCGACGGCAUUCACUUCUCUCAACGUCUCAUGCGUCUAUCACCGGUUUUGCGAAGUUACCAGAGUUGUAUCCUACGGAUCCUUUUUUGGGAAAAUUUGGAGUGACAUUGAGCUAG